CAGUGACCGGAGAGACAGCGUUUGAACUCCACAGAGGGAACAGGAUGAGGCACACAGAAUAAGGGAAGAGAAACAGCCCUGGACGCAGGGUUGAAUUCUGACAAUGUCUCAUGCUGUGUGGAUGGUGUGGCUGCUGUGGGCUGUGAUCAGCCCUUCUGAGGAAGGACCCCUGGCUCAGGCUUCUCUGUCUUGUGACCCAGCUGGUGUCUGUGAUGGCCGUUCCAGGUCUUUCAGCUCCAUUCCCUCAGGGCUGUCGGCAUCCGUGAAAAGGCUUGACCUGUCCAACAACAAGAUCACCUCUGUGGGCCGCGGCGAUCUGCAGAGAUGCGUGAAUCUCCAGCAUCUGGUGCUGAAGUCCAGUGGAGUUCGCACAAUAGACGAAGAUGCCUUCCUCUCCCUGGGCAGGCUUGAGCAUUUGGACUUAUCUGAAAACCACUUGUCUAAUUUAUCAUCCUCUUGGUUCAGACACCUUUCCUCCUUGAAAUUCUUAAACCUACUGGGAAAUCCUUACCAAACGCUCAGCAAAACGUCUCUUUUUUCUCACCUCACAAAUUUGCGAGUCUUGAGGGUAGGAAAUGAUGGCUUCACUGGGUUGCAGAAAACAGACUUUGCUGGACUCACCUUUCUUGAGGAACUUGAGAUCAAGGCACCAAAUCUCCAGAGUUACGAGCCACAAAGUUUAAAGUCAAUUCGGAACAUCAGUCAUCUGGUCCUUCGCAUGAGACAGUCCCUUUUACUGCUGGAGAUUUUUGUAGAUGUGUUAGCCUCCGUGGAACACAUGGAACUGAGUGAUACCAAUUUGAAUACAUUCAGCUUCUCAGAGCUGUCAGUCAGUGGUACAAGUCCACUGAUUAAAAAGUUUACAUUCAGAAAGGUGGACAUUGCUGAUAAAAGUGUUGGUAAAGUUCUGAAACUCAUGGCUUAUGCCUCUGAAUUGUUAGAGUUAGAAUUUGAGGACUGCACUUACAAUGGAGUUGGAGACUUUAACACUGCUGAGAUAGAAAAAGCGUAUCCAAAAAAAGGAGAAGCGGUAACAAUCCGGAGGAUGUCUAUUCCGAAUUUCUACUUAUUUUAUGAUCUCAGUAAUGUAUAUUCACUCGUAGGAAGAAUUAAACGAAUCACACUAGAAAACAGUAAGGUUUUCCUGGUUCCUUGCUCACUUUCACGACAUUUGACGUCACUGGAAUACUUGGACCUCAGUGAAAAUUUGAUGGUUGAAGAGCACUUGGAAAAUUCAGCCUGUGAGGGCGCCUGGCCAUCCUUACAGACCUUAAUCUUAAGGAAAAAUCAUUUUAUAUUGAUAGAGAAAACUGGAAAGGUUUUGCAGACCCUGCACAACCUAACCAGCCUGGAUAUCAGUAAAAACCGUUUUCAUUCUAUGCCUGAAAUUUGUCAGUGGCCAGAAAAGAUGAGAUAUUUGAACUUAUCCAGCACACAGAUACACAGUUUAACCGACUGCAUUCCCUGGACCCUGGAAAUCUUAGAUGUCAGCAAUAACAAUCUCAAUUCGCUUUCUUUGCGUUUGCCUCAGCUGAAAGAACUUUAUAUUUCUGGAAAUAAGUUGAAGGUUCUCCCAGAUGGCUCUAGGUUACCCAUGUUGCAAGUUUUGAAGAUCAGCAGGAAUAUCAUAAAUGCUUUCUCCAAGGAGGAGCUGGAUUCCUUCCACAGCCUGAAGACCUUGGAAGCUGGUGGCGACAAUUUCAUCUGCACCUGCGACUUCCUGACUUUCGCGCAGGCGCAGCCGGCGCUGGCCAAGGUGCUGAGCGAUUGGCCCGCCGGCUACCUGUGCGACUCCCCGGCCCACGUGCGCGGGCAGCGGGUCCAGGACGCGCGGCUCUCGGUCUCCGAGUGCCACCGGGCAGCGCUGGUGUCCGCGGUGUGCUGCGCAUUUCUCGUGCUGCUCCUGCUUCUAGGGGCCCUGUGCCGUUGCCUGCACGGAGUGUGGUACCUGAAAAUGAUGUGGGCCUGGCUCCAGGCCAAAAGGAAGCCCCGGAGGGCUCCCCGCGGCGACAUCUGCUACGACGCCUUCGUGUCCUACAGCGAGCAGGACUCCUACUGGGUGGAGGAGCUGCUGGUCCAGGAGCUGGAGCACUCCGAGCCCGCCUUGCGCUUGUGUCUGCACAAGCGGGACUUCGUCCCGGGAAAGUGGAUCAUCGACAACAUCAUCGACUCCAUCGAGAAGAGCCGGAAGACGGUGUUCGUGCUUUCCGAGAACUUCGUGAAAAGCGAGUGGUGCAAGUACGAGCUGGACUUCUCCCACUUCCGCCUCUUCGACGAGAACAACGAUGCUGCCAUCCUCGUUCUGCUGGAGCGCAUUGAGAAGCGCGCCAUCCCCCAGCGCUUCUGCAAGCUGCGGAAGAUCAUGAACACUAGGACCUACCUGGAGUGGCCCGCCGAGGAGGCGCAGCGGGAGGCGUUUUGGACGAGUCUGAGAGCCGCGAUCAAAUCCUAGGUUCUUGCGUGCAAGGCCCAUGUACCACUAAUGGGGAUCAAGUUCAGUGUGACGUAACUAUGCAAAGAGCUCAGGAAUCACUAUCGUCAGACGACUUGCUUACUAGAACUGCAGUUUUUAUCUAGAGAGCUGUUUCAUAAAAACUGUGACCAGGUUUUAAAACAUGGCUUUGGUUUUUUUUUCAUCUAGGAGAUAAUCAUGAUCUAAGUCCCUACUUGGUAUCUGAAUAAUCUCCCGCAGCUGGCUUAGUUUGCCAGGAAAUAGCACAGUGGGCUGAUGAUUUCAAACGCCUGGUACUGUUGGCUUUCUGCGGACUCCUGUCGCCUCUCUUGCAACUGAUCUCAAGAUCAACAAGGCAGAAUACUGCAGGGCACUCAGCCAAACUGGCUGCUGUUCCUAGCAAAAGGGUGUUAUGUUCCCAGUGACGCUUUUCAGUGUGCGAAGGACACGGCGGCUUUUCAUGGGAUCUGUCUUCCUGGGAACUGGAUAGAUUUGCCCACAAGAAACAGCAGACUUUGUCUGACCAUCAGAACAAAAUCAUUGAGAUGAAUGAAAGAUUUAGUUUGGAAGAAUUUGAACGUAGUCUCCUACAUCCUGACUUGUCUGGUUAUUUCUAAGUAGUGUUAAUUUCUAAUUAGUGUCUGGUUAUGCUUGCUUUCUGUUCCCUCACACACAUCUUGUUGCUUUUAUUCCUGUGAAAAGUCUGGUUUCUAAUGUUUUGAGAACAUUUCCCUUUUUUUUCCUGAAAAUUUAAAAAAAUUAUCUGAGAGCUAAAUAGAUUUUUAAAUAAGUAUAUACCUAGACGUUCUUUACCAGGACUCAAAAAUAGUUCGGUACACAAUUUGAACAUAGAUAUUGCUAUCAUAUGUUGACUUUUAUAAUCCAGAUUUCAUAACACAUUCAAUUUCAAUGUACCAUUGUUUGUGAAGAGCACUUCCUGACUCUGCAGCUUUCUCCUCCCACCUGAAAGAGAAUGAAAGUCCUGUAAACCUAGCUCCAUUCUCAAGCAGAACUAAGUUUAAGUGGUUACUCUGGCUCUGGGGCUGAAAAGACCUAUGACAGUAUAUGUGUUAUCUCUGCUUGAUCUGACCUCCCAUGUUUUCCUGUCUUUAAAAUGUGGAUAGAGUUCUGUACGGGCUCAAGCCCUAAGAGUAUAGAAUACAGUGGUCCACCAUCCCUGUGACCAUUCCUUUUCACCUGGGGGUGAGGAGGGCGAGGGUACCAAACCUAUGAGCAUGGAGCCCACAGAUGUGUGGGACUGGACAGGUGCCUGUAGUAGAUGUCAGUAGAUGGUAUAUAUUUUCCAGGAAGUGAUUAAUUUCUUGUUAUAUUAUGGCAUAUAAAUGGAUAUUUUUCUGUUCUGGAUACUAGCAAGGAUGUAAGGGACCCUGGUGUUUAUAGGAAAAUACCCUAAAGAAAUAAGUUCAUUAAGUGUGUAACAGGCUUUAGCCUUAGAGAGUUCACAUAGCGCUUCUCUUCCAUACACAUUCCCAGGAGAAUGUAGUGAAGGAGCCAACAAAAAGCAGACAAGUCCAGAAGAAGAAAACUUGAGGAGAUGCCACAGAAGCCCAGCACAACAGUGAACUUUCUGCUUUACUUUCCCAUUCGCUACAUUAGUGCCAUAGUAACUGUCGUGACACCAAAGAGACUUAAUCUUGACUUGAUUUGUCUGUUUAUUUUUUUUUUGGUACCGGGAAUCAAACUCACGAACUUGUACUUGCCAGGCAGGUGCUUGUGCCACUGAGCUAUAUCCCCGGCCCUGAUCUGUCUCUUUAACUUUGAGAAUUUAAACAGCUAUAUCAAUA